GCAGGUCCCGCCGCGUCCGAUUCAGUUCCGCGCGCGCCCCGCCAUGUCCUGCUACAUCUACCAGCUGCCCUCCUGGGUGCUGGACGAUCUCUGCCGAAACAUGGACACGCUCAGCGAGUGGGACUGGAUGGAGUUCGCCUCCUACGUGAUCACAGAUCUGACCCAGCUGCGGAGAAUCAAGUCCUUGGAGCGGGUGCAGGGUGCAAGCAUCACACGGGAGCUGCUGUGGUGGUGGGGCAUGCGGCAGGCAACCGUCCAGCAGCUCGUGGACCUCCUGUGCCACCUGGAGCUCUACCGGGCUGCCCAGAUCAUCCUCAACUGGAAAUCGGUUCCUGAAAUCAGGUCUCCCACUCCAGGCUUCCCUGCUGCUGUGAAGCCAGAAAGGCCUUUGGCAGCUUCUCUGAGAGGCACCGAGAAUGGGCAGAGAGAAGAGCAGUCCGUGAGAUCUGCCACCUUUCUGGGCCCAGGGUCUGCUCCAGCCAGAGCCCAUGAACGGGCCUUUGUCCUGCUUCCUUCUGAAGAAGAUGCCCCUGCUUCCUUAAAAACCGACCUCCCCGCUUCAUCUGAUGCAAAGGAUUUUAGCACCUCCAUUCCUAAGCAGGAAAAACUUUUGAGCUGGGCUGGAGAGAGCUUUUUUUGGAGUGAGGCAGACGUGGUUCAGGCAACUGAUGACUUCAAUCAAGACCACAAAAUUAACGAAGGGACGUUUGCAGACAUCUACAGAGGACAGAGGCAUGGGACACCAUUCAUCUUCAAGAAGUUCAGAGAGACAGCCUGCUCAAGUCCAGGAUCAACUGAAAGAUUCUUGCAGGCAGAGGUACAAGUUUGUCGUAGAUGCUGCCACCCAAACAUCUUACCUAUGCUGGGCUUCUGUGUUGGAAGACGGUUUCAUAGCUUGAUUUACCCCUACAUGGCAAAUGGUUCUUUACAGGACAGACUCCAAGACCAGAGUGGCUCAGACCCUCUUUCCUGGCUUCAACGUGUCAGCAUCUGCUCGGGGCUGCUUUGUGCCUUGGAGCACCUGCACGGACUGGAGAUCAUCCACAGCAAUGUCAAGAGCUCCAAUGUCUUAUUGGACCAAAAUUUUGUUCCCAAGCUGGCUCACCCAAUGACUCACCUGUGUCCUGUCAACAAAAAGUCAAAAUACACCAUGAUGAAGACCCACCCUUUCCAGGCAUCAGCUGCAUAUCUUCCAGAAGAUUUCAUCAGGGUGGGGCAGCUGACAAAGCGGGUGGACAUCUUCAGCUAUGGCAUAGUGUUAGCCGAGGUCCUCACUGGCAUCCCUGCGAUGGACAAGAACCGAAACCCAGUUUACCUGAAAGAUUUACUCCUCAGUGAAAUUCCAAGCAACACUGCCUCGCUCUGCUCCAGGAGGACCGGUGUGGAGAAGGUGAUGGCACAGGAGAUCUGCCAGAAAUACCUGGAAAGGAGAGCAGGGGAGCUACCCGAGGACUGCGCCGAGGCUUUGGCCGUGGCCGCCUGCCUCUGCCUACGGAGGCGCAAUGCCAGCCUGGAGGAGGUGUGUGGCUCUGUGGCUGUCGUGGAAGAGCGGCUCCGAGGUCAGGAGACAUCACACCCUUGGCGUGAGCUUUCUGAGGGCAUAGGCUCUUCCUCCAACACCCCAGAGGAAACAGAUGAUGUUGACAAUUCCAGCCUUGAUGCUGCUUCCUCUGUGGGGGUAGCAUCCUGGGCAGGAGCUGCUGCCUCGUUUCUCCCCACAGAAAAUGAGGAAGGAAGGCUGCAGGCCGAUUCCUCCUAUGUGGCCUCAGCCAGUCCGGAGCCUCCCCGGGAUGCUAAAGCUAAAGAUACUUCGUGGAAAAUUGAGAUCAAUGAGGCCAAAAGGAAACUGAUGGAGAAUAUUCUGCUCUACAAAGAGGAGAAACUGGACAGUUUCGAGCUUGUUGGCCUGUGAUGAAUGGAACACAGCUGAGGACCCUUGUCCAUAAUUGGAAAGACCAGCUUCGGAUCAAGAAGGUCUGAGGCAAAAGCCAAGAUCUGGCAGGAAACUCAACUUUCAUUUCCCCAGAAUGAGUUAGAGGAGAAGGAACCUCAGCUUUUAGAGACACAAAAAUCGACAAAUCCUGGAUGGCGCCUGUGGCUCAAAGGAGUAGGGCGCUGGCCCCAUAUGCUGGAGGUGGCGGGUUUAAACUCAGCCCUGGCCAUAAACUGCAAAAAAAUAUAUAUAUAUAUACAUAUAUAUAUAUUGACAAAUCCUCUUGUUGGUCAGAACCAGCUAUGAGAGAAAACUGAAGCAGAAACUGGUUCAUGGGCCUACAACAUGGAUGAUUUUAUGGUUCUGGGGAGUAUGCAAUGGUAACCCUCCACAGUAGAUGCUGUUACCCCAGGAGCUCUUGUCCCACCACCCUGAUAACUGACAGCAUUCUGCAAUGCCAAUGGCAUUUUCCAAAGUUACGAUUUCUGGGUCAUCUUUGCUGAUAGCCACCUGCAAACUUCCAUACUUUGAACAAUUUUCACCUUGAGUUCCAGUGGAUUUCUUUCAUUAGAACUUUUUUUUUUUUUGAGACAGAGUCUCACUGUGUUGCCCCAGGCUAGAGUGAUGUGGCAUCACCUCAAACUCAAACUCCUGGGCUCAAUCCUCCUGCCUCAGCUUCCCAAGAAGCUGGGACUAUACAGGUGCUUGCUAUGAUGCCUGGCUAAUUUUUCAAUUUUUUUUUUUUUUUGUAGAGACAGAGUCUCACUUUAUGGCCCUCGGUAGAGUGCCGUGGCCUCACCCAGCUCACAGCAACCUCUAACUCCUGGGCUUAAGCGAUUCUCUUGCCUCAGCCUCCCGAGUAGCUGGGACUACAGGCGCCCGCCACAACACCCAGCUAUUUUUUGGUUGCAGUUUGGCUGGGGCCGGGUUUGAACCCGCCACCCUCGGUAUAUGGGGCCGGUGCCCUACCAACUGAGCCACAGGCGCCGCCCUAAUUUUUCAAUUUUUAGUACAGACGGGGUUGCUUUUAAAGCUGGUCUUGAACUCCUGAGUGCAAGUGAUCCUCUGCCUUGGCCUCCCAGAGUGCUAGGACUACAGGCGUGAGCCACUGCAUCCCCAGUAGAGUUUUUGACUUCACUUCUUCAGGUCUCAAGUUUUUUUUUUUUUUUGUAGAGACAGAGUCUCACUGUACCGCCCUCAGGUAGAGUGCCAUGGCGUCACACGGCUCACAGCAACCUCUAACUCUUGGGCUUACGCGAUUCUCUUGCCUCAGCCUCCUGAGCAGCUGGGACUACAGGCGCCCGCCACAACGCCCGGCUAUUUUUUUGUUGCAGUUUGGCCGGGGCUGGGUUUGAACCCGCCACCCCUGGCAUAUGGGGUCGGCGCCCUACUCACUGAGCCACAGGCGCCUCCCUUCAGGUCUCAAGUUUUACAAAUGCCAGAUACCUGGCAAAGGGCUGUCUAGGUUUUCUGCUUCCUCUUUUGGAAAUCUUGCAAUCUGCAGAAGUGCCUUCUCAGCACCUUUAUCCUCCCAUCCCACUAAUGCUCGUUUUUUUUUUUUUUUGAGACAGAAUCUCAUUCAGUUGCCCUGGGGUUGAGUGCUAUGGUGUCAUAGCUCACAGCAACCUCAAAUGCCUGGGCUCAAGUAAUUCUCUUGUCUUAGUCUCCCCAGUAGCUGGAACUACAGGUACCCACCAUAAUGCUUUUUUCUUAGAGACGGGGUCUUGUUCUUGCUCAGGCUGGUCUUGAACUCCUGAGCUCAAGCAAUCCACCCACCUCAGCCUUAAUGGUAGGUAGUAUUUGAUGGGGCUUUUAUCUUGAGAAUGUGUGUUAUUUAUGGCUGGAUGAACAAUCAGGAGAAUAUGUUUCAUGGCUGCUGCUGCUGCUAAUUAAGUCAAUCAUUCAAUGUCUUGGACCUCAGUUUCCUUGUAAGUAAAAUAACACCUGCUCAUGUUCCCUCCCUGGGCUGUUGGGAGGAACAGGUGAGACGGUGGCUAUGGAAGUAUUAAUCCAUGGAAAAAUCCACUUAUCCUGUUUUAUAAAAUAAGUAAAAUGUCUUACAUGUGUAUUUCUGCAGUGGGUGUAUUUUUGAAAAGUCAUGUUGCAAAUAUUUUUGUGAAACAUACUAUUUAAAAUUCACUAGGAGAAAUGUCAUAUUUAAAAUAAUUCUAAUAUAGUGUUUUUUUCUUGUUUUUUUUUUUUGUAAAAUAAAAAUA